AUGACGAGAGACUACUACAACAUAGUCGACAUCACUCCAAACAUGAAGAAAAGUUGGACCAUCGAAAUUCAAGUUGUAGAAUGUGGUCAUAGACAACUUAGUAACGCAAAAAAAGAAUUUAGGAGACUCAUGUUUGCAGACACACAGGGGACAAGAGUGUCGGCCUUAGUCUAUAGUAAUGACCUUGACUUUUUUGAAAAUACAUUCAAACCAUACAAUCGCUAUCAAAUUUCCAAUGCAAAUUUGAGACUCAUGGAACCACGUUUUCAACUUGAUUCAUAUGAAUUUUCUUGGACACUAAGCAGACAAACACUCAUUGAACCCAUCGAAGAACAAACCCCACCACCGCUCUCAUGCCAAUUUCACUUUACCCCAUUUAGUGAACUAUACAAAUAUGCAGAUGAAGAAAAUUAUCUAAAUGUAAGAGGUGUUGUAAUUAAAUGUUUGCCAAUUCAGCAUGUGAAAAAGGGAUCAAAAACAUCAUCAAAAAGGGACGUAAUCAUUGUCAAUGAGGAGAAAAAACUUCUAAUUCUAACAUUAUGGAAUCCCAUCGAUGAAAUUGAAGGAAAUGCCUUGGACAAAAUUACCAAUACUGGGCUUUACUGGGCUUUGGUAUUUGCAAUGAGGGUAAAAGUGACAACAUUCUAUGGUAUAUUCGAAUCCCUUUCAAACAUAAUAUACACAAUUAACAAAGCAGAAAUUAAAGUACUCCUUCAGAAUGAAACAUACAAGGAUACUGAGAUUCUGUUGCCACCUCCCGAAAACAAAGACAUACUUCCAAUAGGCAGGGCAAUUAUAAGGAUGAAAAAUGGUAAACCAACUUGGAUAAAAGGAAAUCUCAAUCUACUUCAACAAGAUAGAAGUUUCACACAAACAAUAUGUGCUAUGUGUUUAAAACCAAUUCAAGCAGAUGUAAACUGGAACAUCAAAUACCCUCUUUGUAAAGAGAAAUCAGAAGUACAGAUCAUCUCAAGGGCAAUAAUUGAAAUCAAUGAUGGAACUAGAACAAUUGCUGCAAGCAUAUCAACACUUGAAAUUGAAAAGUUAAUUCCAUUAAACCCCAGUGAAAUCAGAGAUGUAGCAGAAAGUGAAAAAAAUGUACAUGAUGUUAUCGCAUCAUCAGUUCGAGGAUUAUCAGUUGUCACAUUUGUACGAUCAUAUCAAUCAUGGAACCAACAACAACAAAUCACAAGAUUUGUCAUUGUCAAGUUGCAUAAAGUCCAAGAACAUUACACUAAAGAGCAACAACUACUCAUUCCAUCAACUAAAUCUGAAAAUUUGUCAACAACAAAACCAGCCUCACCUAAGCAAACCCAAAAGCAACCCCAACCAGAUGUAGGGAAAACAAAAGUGAUAGAAUAA